GCGAGAGCCGCCUCCUUCCCGGGGCGGGGGAGGCGCGGGCGCCAAUGAAAAGUAGCCUCUUGCUGGGGGGGCAAAAACUUUUCCUGUCGACUGUUGGAAGCGAAUUGAGCAAUUAUCUAGUUUACCUUCUCCUCUUGGAAGUUAACGAUUGGCGAGAUCUCGGCUGCGUUAUUGACACAACACUUUCUAUUGAUAGAAAUAAGUAGCGAUUGUCCCGAGUCAUUGGUGCGCCAAAGUGCGCCGCGAUGGGCUGGCGUGAGUCCGCCGGGCUGAGCUGGUUCCGCCGGUGCGGCGGCGGCGGCCGCUCCCUGUGCGUGCGGACCGGUGACGAGAGAAGGGGCAGAGAGUGACAGAGAGGGGGGGGGAGAGAGAGAGAGAGAGAAAAAAAAAAAGAGGCGUCUACCAAAGCGGCUCAAAGCGGGCGAACAAACGAGAGCCACAGCCAUGGACAAUAGUGGCCAUCACACGGCGACCAAAAUCCUCGCGGCUCCUCCGGCGAGAGAAAGCCUUUCUGCGAGGAGCACCAUGAUCGGCACGCCCAAGCCCCUCGCCUUCUCCAUCGAGCGCAUCAUGGCGCGGACGCCAGAGCCCCGCUCCGUGCCCGUCCCGCAGCUCCUGCACGGCUCCGCGGCCAAGGGCGACGCCAAGCACCCGCUGCACCUCGGCUCCUCCAUCCCCUGCAUGAUCCCCUUCGUGCCGGUGGCGUACGACCCCCUGGGCAAAGCGGCGGGCGCGGAGCCCAGGAAGGCGCCCUUGGACUCCUCUUCCUCGCCCUCCUUCAGCUGCGGCGAUCUCUUGAACUGUGCCCUGAGCCUGAAAGGAGAUUUCCCCCGCGACGCCCUGCCCUUGCAGCAGUACAAACUGGUAAGACCCCGAGUGGUCAAUCACUCCUCCUUCCACGCCAUGGGAGCCCUGUGCUAUUUCAACCGAGGCGACGGCCCUUGUCACCCGGCCUCCGGUGUCAACAUCCACCCGGUGGCUUCUUAUUUCCUCAGCUCCCCGCUGCAGCCGCAGCCCAAGGCGUACCUGGCGGAGCGGAACAAGCUGGUGCUGCCGCCCGCCGACAAGUUCCCCGCCGGGGUGGCCUUCAAGGACUUGUCGCAGGCACAGCUGCAGCAUUACAUGAAAGAGAGCGCCCAGAUCCUGUCGGAAAAGAUUUCCUACAAGAGCGCGGAGUUCGGCCGCGGUUCGCCGAGCAGCAAACCCAAAGUUUUCACGUGCGAAGUUUGCGGAAAGGUAUUCAAUGCACACUAUAACCUCACUCGCCACAUGCCGGUUCACACGGGAGCCAGACCCUUCGUUUGCAAAGUUUGCGGCAAGGGCUUCAGGCAGGCGAGUACGCUGUGCCGCCACAAGAUCAUCCACACGCAGGAGAAGCCCCACAAGUGCAACCAGUGCGGCAAAGCCUUCAAUCGAAGCUCGACCCUCAACACGCACACGCGGAUCCACGCCGGCUACAAACCCUUUGUCUGUGAAUUCUGUGGCAAAGGGUUUCACCAGAAAGGCAACUACAAAAACCACAAGCUGACCCACAGCGGGGAAAAGCAAUUCAAGUGCAAUAUCUGCAACAAGGCUUUCCACCAGGUGUACAACCUCACUUUCCACAUGCACACCCACAACGACAAGAAGCCCUUCACCUGCCCAACCUGCGGCAAAGGUUUCUGCCGGAACUUUGACCUCAAGAAGCACGUCCGCAAGCUUCACGACAGCGCCAUGGGGCUGCCCCGACCCCCGGCCGAGCUGGGCGGCCCCGACCCGCCGCCCCCGUUGCUCCAGGGCCCCGCUCAGCCCUGAGCACCCCGCGCCCGCCCCCUGCAUGCGCCCGUUAAGCGGUUCCGUGUGUUAUUUGCUCUAUAUGUCGCCUCUAACAUUUAUAUGGGACUAGUUGGUUCGGUUUUUUCCUUUCUAAUUAUUUUUCAAGACUUUUUAUUAUUUUUUGGUCGUUGUCGCAUCUCAGGUGGAGAGAUGGACUGAAAAAAAAAAAAAAAA